UGGAAAGAGCUGACCAAAAGUUCUUAGUAAACUGCAGCCAGGCCGACUCAGCUGAGAAUGGAACUAGAAAGACUGGCCACAGGGAAGGAUUAAGUCGAAGCCUUGGUGCGGGGGAGGCCUGGGGGGCGAGGGCUGAGUUUGGGAUGCUGUCAGGUUAUUAGCUGACUGGACUCAGAGAUGUGUCGCCUUGGUCACCGGAAGGCCAGAGCAGUGCCAGCCUCAGUAGAGUGACAGUCGUGCUCGAACCCCAGUAUCUCCAUGGACUCUGAGCAUUUGUAGAGAAGAGCAGGAUGACCCUGGCACAGACCUCGUGCUCACCUUCAGCCGACUGCUGAAUCGAAAGUUCAAGAGCCAGCAACUCGAGACACCUCCCCGGUGAGCCAAGAGUCAAGAGGAUGGCUCUGAAUGAAUCGUUCCCCUGGCACUUGAAAUUGGACUCCUGGGUGGCCUACAACGACACCAAUCACAGCACGUUCGCCCCGGAGAACGAUGACUGGUUCCACCCGGAGAUCCUCUAUGUCAUCCCUGCCGUGUACGGGGUCAUCAUCCUCAUAGGCCUCGUGGGCAACAUCACCCUGAUCAAGGUCUUCUGCACGGUCAAGUCUAUGCGCAGUGUGCCCAACCUCUUCAUCUCCAGCCUGGCUCUGGGAGAUCUGCUCCUCUUGGUGACCUGCGCGCCGGUGGACGCCAGCAGGUACCUGGCCGACAGAUGGCUGUUUGGCAGGAUUGGCUGCAAGCUGAUCCCCUUCAUCCAGCUCACCUCGGUGGGAGUGUCAGUGUUCACACUCACGGCUCUCUCGGCAGACAGGUACAAAGCCAUUGUCCGGCCCAUGGACAUCCAGGCCUCUCAUGCUCUGAUGAAGAUCUGCCUCAAAGCUGCCUUGAUCUGGAUCAUCUCCAUGCUUCUGGCCAUUCCAGAGGCUGUUUUCUCUGACCUGCAUCCCUUCCAUGAAGAAAGCACUAACCAGACCUUCAUUAGCUGUGCCCCGUACCCACACUCCAAUGAUCUGCACCCCAAAAUCCACUCUAUGGCUUCUUUCCUGGUCUUCUACAUCAUCCCACUGUCAAUCAUCUCUGUCUACUACUACUUCAUUGCCAAAAAUCUGAUCCAGAGUGCUUACAAUCUGCCCAUGGAAGGCAACAUACACAUCAAGAAGCAGAUCGAAUCCCGGAAGCGCCUGGCCAAGACCGUGCUGGUGUUUGUGGCUCUCUUUGCCGUCUGCUGGCUGCCCAACCAUGUCAUCUACUUGUACCGCUCCUACCACUACUCAGAGGUGGACACCUCCAUGCUUCACUUUGUCUCCAGCAUCUGUGCCCGCCUCCUGGCCUUUACCAACUCCUGCGUGAACCCUUUUGCCCUCUACCUCCUGAGCAAGAGUUUCAGGAAACAGUUCAACACUCAGCUCAUCUGCUGCCGACCUGGCCUGCUGGGUCGUUCUCAUAGCACCGGCAGAAGUACCACGUGUGUGACCUCCUUCAAGACCACCCACCCAUCCGUGGCCACCUUCAGCCUCAUCAAUGGAAACAUCUGUCACGAAGGGAGAGAGAGGCACUUCAACGCGAACACCAUUCUGUAUCACAAAGAAGUAGAAGUCUAAGAGAAGAGCGGAAGCCUCAGAAGCAGAAACACAAGCCACACUGAGAUGACACUUGGUUGGAGUUCUCUUGCUCUAGGAGAGUUGAAGAGGAGCUCACUUCAGCGAUGAUAUGCCAGAUACGAAGCUCAACACAUUUCUGUUCACUCUUGCAAGCACCGUCGAAAGUGUUCUGAUGGUGAACUGAGCUCAUGGAUACUCCUUCACAUUCCCAGGGUCACAGAGCACAGUUGAUUGACAGAGUAUCAGCGUCGACUUGGAUUUCUUUGAAGUCCGUGUUCAUUCCAUGGCUUAGCAUCUCCUCACAAACAUACCCUAGACAAGAGAUUAGGUUAUAGACCAUACUAGGCAGCUAGGUACCCUUCUCUAGAUUUUUGUCCAAAGGCCUGAAGUAUUGUAGAGUCAAAAGAAUAUACACAAAGCUGAUCACAUAUGUCUCUAAGCACAUAAGUUAAGGACUUGAUACAAGAAGAACUGAAAUGCAGUAUAAAGUAGGUGGACAAGGAAGUCCUUUCAUGUGAUUGCCCUCCAGAUACACAAUUCAAUUAAAACUGGAAGACAUCAGAAUAAUUUCUCACUUGAUUCUGUGACAAACUAAGGAAAUUUUUUUUAAAAAGCAUUGGUGAAGAGGAAAAAAUGGUGUCAGGAAGAAGUAUAACCACCCACUCCUAUUUCAUUCCCAAGAGUAAGAUAUGACAGUGGAUGGUUUCCAAGAGCUUGGAAAAUUAAUACAUGAAGAUAUGAGUAGCCUGUAAUAGAAAAUUCUCUCCUGGACUAAAGCAAAGGUGAUAAGCUCAGGAAUGGAUGUGGGCAUCUGAAUGCUGAGCCCUAGUUCUCCUAGGAUAAACCCAGACAUCACCAUCUCCCUGCCCUCUCUCAGAUCACAUUUCUAGAAGACUACUCCCCCUCACCCAUUUAAAAUUCAUCCCAAGGUCAUAUAAUAACAUGAAAGGACUCACAUAAUUUUAUGGUCUUUUACGCGAAUUAUUUUGGUGAACAGUGAAACCUCAAACAUUCCACUACUCAUUAAUUCCCAGACAAGCUUGGCAGUUUUUAGUAUAACCCAGGAUUUCAGUGUUUAAGAUACAUUCUAUAAUGUGGGCCUGUUGUGGAUCUCAAUUUUUCAUCACUUGCUUCCAGUUUAGCUAUUAUCAUUUAUAUAUUGACAUGGAUAGACUGUAACAUUAAGCAAGUAAAGAUUAUUUUAUUUUAAAAAAUCUUUCUGUUGUCUGGGCUUAAAUGAUUCAAACAUAAAUGAUCUUUUGUGCAUUCAAGUCAAUAGGACUUGGGGUCAAUUCAGUGAAUUGUAAAAAAUCCAUGUCACAAACUAAUAUCAUUUUAUGCUUUGGUUUUAAACACCAUUCUCAUAUUUUAUAAAUUAUCAUUGCACUUGUUAUUAUUAAUUGUAAAUAUUUAUUGAGUUAAAAUGUGCUCGGUGUUGAAUAAUUCAGAACAAGUUCCAGGUGUGGUAUAAUAUAAAUAAUGUCAUGGCUUGGCUUUCCCUAGACGCCUUAGACUAAUAAAUUAUUUAUGAAGUUCACAAUAUUCAUGUAAUGAUUCAAAUCCUUUUUAAAUGUGUAAACUUAACUGUGUCACCAUGUGAAACUACCUGUGAAGUGUGUAGAUUUGAUUGUGUUGUUUUUCAAGAAAUGUUUUCACUGCUUCUAUCACACUGUACCUGAUCCAUGUGACACCGAGUCAACUCCAGUGAACUAGGCCUACAUAUUGAAGUCAUGGAAGAUAAACACGAAUUUGAUUUCUUAAUAUAAGGCCUAAUGGAUGAAAUGGGGAGACGCAUGUGUUCAAUGUUCAAUAAAAGUACAGCUGCUGCAUGAA